AUGAAACUAUGUGAAGGUGUUACAAGCGACACUCGUGUAGCUUUCGACAACUUCUUUACUGGCAUCCCUCUGAUGAAUGAUUUGCUGAUAAAGAAAAGAAUAUAUGUCGUCGGUACCGUACGUUUGAAUCGAAAAGGCUUACCAGAAAAGUUUUUACCCAAAAAUAAACUCAAGAACGAAAAACUUGGAAAAUACGAGUUCAUGUAUAAAAUCAAAGCUCCAGUUUCUGCUAUACAGUGGAUGGAUACUCAACUGGUGAAUAUUUUGACAACGGCACAGUCGGCACACAACCCAAAAUCUGUGUCUACGGUCAAGCGAACACAGAAGGAUGGUUCCAAGAAAAAUGUUACUAUCCCCACUGCUAUCGCCGAAUAUACUGUGAAUAUGGGAGGAGUGGUUCGUUUUGAUCCCUUCCGUACGUCAUAUCCAAUCGGCCGAAAAUCGAGACGCAACUGGUUGCGCCUAUUUCAUUUCAUGUUUGAUGCAGCUAUCAUCAACGCGUACAUAACGCACAUCCAAAUUCACAAGCAAACGGUUCACACACAUAGAGAUUACAGACUUCGUUUGGCACGCAGCCUUAUAGAUGGAUUAACAGGCAAAAAACGAACCAUUAGUAUUAUUUUUAGGAACAAACAAGGUGGAAAUUUCGGAGUAGCCGAUGAAAAUCAGACGCUCUUCUGUGCCUACCCAGAAAACCAAGGGAAAUUUACUAGAUGCCGAAUUUACUAG